AUGGCCAAAGACAAGCGCUCCAGAGCGGCAGCCCCGCCUCCGACCACAGCCCCGGACAUCACAGCAACGACACCCUCCUGGCCACCAUUUAAACCAUCGCUUCCUGUUGUCGACCUUACGCUCGAUCCUCUAGUCAAAGACAAAGUCGUGGUACUUCGGUCUUUUUUCCCGCGCUCCCUCUGCAAGGACUACGUCUCCUUCCUCAAGGAGCUGCCGCUCAUCACCACUCCUGGCAAACCCAAGCGCGGGGACGCCGUGAGGGUCAAUGACCGCUAUCAGAUUGACGAUGCCAAGUUUGCCCACCGGCUAUGGACCGAGACGGGGCUGAAGGAGGCGCUUGCAGGCAAGGAUGUGGCCCAGUUGUGCCCUCUCCCAGCACGCACAACCUGGACGCUCCUCCUCUACCUGACCUCCUCCGCCGACGGCUGCAUCGGCGGCGAAACAGUCUUCUAUCCCCACGACCGGCGCUCCGCCAAGGAGGAGAUCGCCGUGAGUCUCGAGACGGGCAUGCUGCUACUGCACAAACACGGACACGACUGCAUGCUGGUGAGUGCGCUCCUCCCCUUUUCCGGACUCCCCACGCACUACAUUAUCCUCCUCUACUCUGCAUCACAUGGCACCGGCGAGCCAACUAAGCAGAUAUGGUCGGCACCCGCAUUCCUUGAUCUCGAUCUUUCAUCCUGCGUUGGGGAUAGCCAGACAGAGGGCUAA